UCUCUCUCUCUCUCCACAGUGAGCUGGACUACCAUGCUGCCUCCUCUAUCAACGAGCGCUGCCAGGGCAUCUGUGACCAAUGGGACCAGCUGGGAACCCUCACCCAGAAGAGGAGGGAGAACCUGGAGAGGACGGAGAAGCUGCUGGAGACCAUCGACCAGCUGUUCCUGGAGUUCUCUAAGAGGUCAGCUCCCUUUAACAACUGGAUGGAAGGAGCCAUGGAAGACCUGCAAGACAUGUUUAUAGUUCACACUGUGGAUGAAAUCCAGAGCCUGAUCUCAGCCCAUGACCAGUUCAAGGCCACCCUUCCGGAGGCUGACUGCGAGAGACAGGCCAUCCUGAGCAUCUACACGGAGGUGCAGAAGAUAGCCCAGAGCUACGGCAUCUCUCCCAACCUCACCAACCCCUACAGUGACAUCACACCGGCGGAGAUAGGACUCAAAUGGGACAAGGUGAAGAAGCUGGUUCCCCAGAGAAACAGUAUUCUCCAGGAGGAACUAGCCAGACAGCACGCCAACGAACGUCUCAGACGCCAGUUUGCUGCCCAGGCCAACAUCAUCGGACCGUGGAUCCAGACAAAGAUGGAGGAGAUCGGGCGUAGUUCCGUGGACAUCGGAGGUUCUCUGGAGGACCAGAUGAGUCAUCUGAAGCAGUUUGAACAGGUCAUCAUCAACUACAAGUCCAACAUCGACAAGCUGGAGGGAGACCAUCAACACAUCCAAGAGUCCCUGGUGUUCGACAACAAACACACCAACUACACCAUGGAGCAUAUCCGUGUGGGUUGGGAGCAGCUGUUGACCACCAUCGCUAGAACCAUCAAUGAGAUCGAGACCCAGAUUCUGACGCGCGACGCUAAAGGCAUCAGCCAGCAACAGAUGAACGAGUUCCGCCAGUCUUUCACUCACUUUGACAGGAAGAAGAAAGGAGGCAUGGAGACAGAUGACUUCAGAGCCUGUCUGAUCUCCAUGGGCUAUGAUCUGGGCAGCAGCACUCAGUAG